GUGUUUAGUAUCAUGAGAGCGGGAUGAGUUGAUAUAAGGGAGUAAAGAUAUCGUUUUCUGGUCAACCCCUAACUCUUCUCUUUACCUCACAAUUCAAUCGUUGCCAUGGCGACCGAUGACGCUGGUGAACUAGAAAUGACCUAGUGUCGAUGGUUAACUAGUUGGAUAUCUACCUAUACAUACGGCGAGACUGGGUAGAAUGUAAACAAACCGAAUGAUUCGGGAUUUUGUACCGUCUAUUGUCAAUUGUUGACAUUACAAAGAUAGCGUUGAUCCAACUUUAAUUAAAGUUUAGAUAGUGUUUUGGAUAUUUCUCAGGGUGUAGUCUGAUAUCUUGAUGUGUACAAUAGUAAAGAUAAAGUUUAGUGAAUGGGAUGGCCACUCUUUUCAAAAAAGAGAUGUUGAUGCUCUCUCUGUUGCUGGUCCUUCCAUUUGGUUACUUCAGCGUUACAAGUGCAGUUAGUGCAGGUUGCGAGUGUGUAGUGUUUGACAACACAUACUCGAAGGAAUUCGGCAUAUUUACAUCGCCCAAUUGGCCGGUUCCUUACGAGGAUAAUAUUGACUGUCUACUUUAUACUUUUCUGGGUGGAGAAGAUGAGAUGGUUGAAAUCAGCUUCGAUGAGUUCGAUCUCCAAAAAACCAAUCUUGAAUGCAAGUUUGGAGAUUUUGUGAAACUAUUUCUGCAUUUAGAUGAGCCUUCUGUAAAUGAAAAAUCCACCGAAAACUCUGUUUUGUGUGGUAAAAUAAUGGACAUUGAACAAACACAUUAUUCAUCUGGGUCUACACUAAUAUUUGAAUUCCACACGGAUUGGCGAAGGACGAACAGUACGGGAUUUAGUGGAACAUACAGGUUUCUCAAAGUGUUUCAAACAGAUGGAUAUCUGAUACCCAGCACGAAAUGCAACUACGAGAUAUCUCCGGAACAGGUGAAUAAGACCCGAGGGAAAUUUUAUUCACCUCAAUAUCCAAGUAAUUAUCCUAGAGAUAUCACGUGCCACUAUAGAUUCACUGCAACACCAAAUAAUAGAGUAAAAAUUGUUUUUGAACAAAUUAGGCUCCAGAAAGGAGAUCUAAGUUGCCUAAAUAGUCCAGACGUUAUUUUAGUGUACGACGGAUCCAACAAAAGUGCGCCCAUCAUCGGGCACUUAUGCAACACAAAUACUUUUGUGGAACUCGUCUCAACUGGAAGUGAUUUGUUCAUAGAAUUUCACAGCAGAAGUCAUUUUCCUGGACAAGGUUUUAAAGCAUCCUACUUGUUUGACAGUGGACCUCCUCCUCCCCGCAUCAACGACAUCGACGUGCCUUACAUGGAGUCAAUCCGUAGAACUACAGACUACCUCACCACAACAUCAGAACCAGGUAAGUAAUAAAACGUUUCAAACAAUUCCACUUUUUUUCAUAAAAUUAUUUUUAUGAUGAAAUAUCAAUGUGUAAGAAAAUAACAUUUACGAACAAUAAAUCGAAAACGUAAAAUAUUUACGAACGUAUUAUUUAAACACAUUUCCUUUGCUAAAAUAACACAAGCACGUUUAACUAAUCCAGACAAUCUAUGCAUUUUCUCAAAAGAAUAUCGAUUUGUUAUUGUAAUCAAACAUGGUAAAAAACCAUUAGUAAGAAGAAUAAAUCGAUGA